AUGUCCUCUUCCUCGUCAUCACAAAAGCUCAAAGUCGGCCUGCUCGGUGCCACUGGCACGGUGGGUCAGCGUUUCAUCCUUCAGCUGGCGGACCACCCACAGUUUGAGCUGGCGGCACUGGGGGCGUCGUCUUCGUCGGCGGGCAAGCCGUACGUGCAAGCGGUGCAGGGAAGGUGGAAGCAGAUCCGCAGGGUGCCCAGCAACGUGGCGCAGAUGCCUGUGUACGAGUGCAAGCCGGAGCACUUUGCAGAGUGCCAGGUGGUGUUUUCGGGGUUGGAUUCGGGUCCUGCGGGUCCCGUAGAAGAUGCCUUCCGCAAAGCCGAGUUGCGGGUGUUUUCGAAUGCCAAGAACUACCGAACGGAUCCGCUGUGUCCGCUGGUGGUUCCGCUGGUCAACCCGGAACACAUGGAGAUCUUGCCGUACCAGCGCCAACAGGUGGGCACCAAGACGGGCUUCAUCGUGACCAACGCCAACUGCUCCACCACGGGCAUCGUCGUACCGCUCAAAGCGCUGGAGGCCAAGUUCGGACCGCUGGACAAGAUCCUGGUCAACACGAUGCAGGCUAUCUCCGGUGCAGGCUACCCGGGAGUCUCGUCGCUCGACAUCUUGGACAAUGUGGUGCCGUUCAUCAGCGGCGAAGAGGAGAAGAUCGAGUGGGAGACGGCCAAGAUCCUGGGCGGCAUCAAGUCGGACAAGACGGCGUUCGACUACCACGAGCAGGACGCGCUCAAGGUGUCGGCGCAGUGCAACCGCGUGCCCGUGAUCGACGGACACAUGGAAUGCGUCUCGGUCUCGUUCAAGAACCGUCCGGCACCAUCGGUGGAAGAGGUCAAGAAGUGCUUUGAGGAGUUUGUUACCGAGGCGCAGACGAUCGGUGUCCACUCGGCACCUGCCCAGGCUAUCACGCUGCACGAGGAACAGGACCGCCCGCAACCGCGUCUGGACCGCGACUGGCAGAACGGCGCCGGCGUCAACGUCGGACGUGUGCGCGAAUGCCCCGUGUUCGACAUCAAGUUUGUUGUUCUGUCGAACAAUGUCAUGAUCGGCGCUGCAACCAGUUCGGUCAUGAACGCCGAGAUUGCGCUCGCCAAGGGUUACCUCUCGUGA